AUGUCACGAGAUUACGACAGUAGGAGACGCGGCAACACCAGUGGAUCCAGUAAACUACGAAUGGACGCGAGUAUGUCUGGGUCACGACAACACAUAGAACCAUCUUCAAGCAAACGUAAGGAACUGGACAACGUUAUGCGGAAAGCCCGUGAAUCGCAGUCGACGAGCUAUUGGAACAAAAAAUUACUCGAAGUGGAAGAACGUGAUCCGAAUCGUUGGCGCCACAGCGGUUACAAAGAAUUAUACGUUGGUGGUAGCGCACCGAGUGGCGAGACCAGCAGCAGUCGUAACCACCCUCGAAGUCCUAGGAGUCCUCGACCAAGAAGCCCACACAGUCCUCGAGGUGGAGGUGGAGGAGGAGGAGGAGGAGGAGGUGGAGCACGUAGUCCAAGAUCACCGCGAGAACGGACUCACAACAGCAAGCAACGCCCGGCGCGUAGUCCGAGCACCGGUAGCACCUGCUCAGAUCGCUCGUGUUCGGUCUGUUCACCGAGGGAACGUCGUCGCGUUGUGCCGCAGUCACGAUCACGAUCGAGGUCGAUAACGCCGGUACGACAGCGAGCACACCCGAAGGAAAUUCCCGCGUCGAGUUCGCGGGCCGCUGUCCCGUCACGUGCCACAAGACCGGCGACAAGGCCGCCGCCUCCGAUGCCGCGACCGCGUACUCCACCGCCUGAACCCCAGCCGCCUUCUUCCAGACACCACAAAGAGUACAAGGCCCUCAAGGAGAAGGAAGCCAAGGAAGCCAGGGCACGCCGCAAAGAGAAACAUCACAAUAGUAGGGUGCCUGAAGAUCCACGGGUACCUGAUCCUAUUCCUUUGAUGCGGAGACCUGUUAAAGUUGAGAAAACACAUUCAACACAUCCAGUGUCUUCAGUUCUUGUCCAUCCACCGCCAGCAGAAUCUUCUGGUAGUGAAGAUAGUGAUAGUUCAUCAAAUGCCUCACAGACUGGUCCUCCACGAAUGACUUUGUCAGAACGAUUUGGUAAAAUGGCACAAUGGAGCGUAGACAGAAGAGAAAUGGAGAAUAUGCGUAUCACUAAAGACGGUGAAAACUCAAUGAAAGUCGUCAUAGAAGGUGAAGAAAGAAUUGCCAGAUUAGGAUAUGAUUCACCACCACCUGGACAUUACCCAGAAACUUUACUCGCACAAGGUCCCCGUGGACUAGACUGUUGGGACGACGUUCGCGUUCGAUAUGACUACUACAAAGCUCGAGGAUACUUGAGAGACCUGACUCUCGAUGACUACGUUAAGUGGGAAGAAUGGUGGUACAAGUAUCAAGAAUGGUUGGAGGCUGAGCGUUUCUAUGAGCAAUGGGCUACAAGCGGCGGACGUAACAAUGACGGUCCUGGCCGUGCUGGAGGUCAUCGUCACGGCAAUCGAGGCGGUCUACGUAGUCACCUAGGUCGCGGAGCCCCUGGUGGACCCUCAGAUGGCCUAGGAAUCCCGAUCUCAGAACGUAUUGGCACUUCUGAACGCGGCGGUAUAAUUAUUGGCGGAAUGAGGCUGCAGAAACGUCGUGGAAGACGUUUGAAUGUCGUCCAUUAA